AACAUUGUUUUGAUUCUGCAUUCUCUUUUAAUCAGCAUUUUUAUAAAUAUUAAAGAAAAUUAUUACAACAUUCAUAUAAACUAAAGUGUUUUAUUAUAUUUCUUAUUUUAUUAAUAAAAAUUAAAAGAAAUAUAUUUAAAUUUAAAGUAAAACAUACAUUUCUAUUAAAUUUUACUUAAAAAUGGAAAUAAAUAUAACUUGGAACAUUUGUCGCGUGUGUUUGGUGGAAGAACCGAAAAAACAUCAAGGUUUAGCGGCAGGUGAGGAAUCUAUAAUGCGUCAUCUAUUCAAUGAGGAUAAAAUGUUGGCUAAACAAAUCUAUGAAUGUUCCGGCAUUAUGAUGAAACCCAAUGAUAGUUUACCCGAAAAAAUAUGUAAAAAAUGCUUUGCAAUGGUUAAACAAGCGAUGAGUUUUCGUAAAAACUGUCGAUCCUCUGAUGCGUUUUUACAAUCUGUGUUGCAACGCACCAAAUCUACUAGUAUAUUGUUCAAACCGGAAAGGCCUCAAUUAGAAGACUUUGAAGAGGAUAUUAUAACUCAUGAAAACAUAGAGGACGAUGAAAAUGUAAACACCGUAGAAGCUCCUUCCCCAGUUAAAAAAGAAGAAAAUAAACGUUCGCCCACACCUUUAGAACAUACGCCCAAAAAAUUACGAAAAGAUUCCCUCACUAAUGAAACAAAUAGUAAUACCGAUGAUCUGAUAGCUCAUGAAGUUGAAGAAGAGGAAAUGACGGAGCAGGACUUAAAUAAUAUAGUAGAAAUGGAAGAAAUAUUGCAACCAAAUGUAACUGAAGAAAAUCACAUGCUUAAAGCGGAAAAAGGUGACAAUAGUUUGAAUACAAAUAUCAAUGAUAAACAAACAGAAAAUAAGCCUAAAGCUAAAGGUUUAAAAGAUAAUCCUCCACAAAAACUACAAGAUUUUCAAAAUGACGAAGUUAUUGCCGAAAAGGAUUUGAGUGAAAUGGAAGAAGAAAACUCAGCUGAAACCAACAAUCAAGGAUUUUUCAUACUUAAACACAUUAAAGAUGAAAACGAAACAAAGCUCCACGAAGCUGAUGAUGAUGUGGAGGAAGAGCAGCAGGAAGAACACAUAGAAACCGAUGAACAAGAAGAUCAAGAAAGUGUACAAUUUCUACCCCUAGAAGAUGAACAGGAAGAAGGCGAGUGUCAACAGCUUAUGUUACACUCUGAUUCCGAUAUGGAAGACAAUCAAGCACAAGUAAGUUCAACUGUUAUCACCAAGCAAGAGGAGGAAGAAGAGGAGGCAGAAGCUGGUUUUAUCGAACUACAAGAAACAAAUUCUAAUUUAUCAAAUGCCAGUCAUGAUUUAUCCACUGAAUAUAUAGUAGAUGAAUAUUUAAUUGAUGAUUCCAAUAGUAAUAUAUCAUCACAAAACUCUGGCGUGGUAGUAGUUAAUUCAAAAAUAUCCAAAUUUGUAACAACCACAAGUAAAAAACGACAAGCUAAUCUUGAUAAUAAAGAUUCCCCACAACAGCCGCAAGUAUUUGUUUGUGAUUUAUGUGGCAAUAAUUUUGCCAGUCGCCAGCUAAUAAAUGCUCAUAUGAAAGUACAUCGUCAGGAAAAGAAUCAUCAAUGCGAAUUGUGUUUUAAACGUUUUAUUACUGCCUGCAAUUUGCAGGCACACAUGCGCAUUCAUACGGGAGAAAAACCUUUUGAAUGUCAAUAUUGUGGUCGACGUUUUAGUGAUCGCAGCUCUAAUCUAAGGCAUGAAAGAACCCAUACAAAUGAAAAACCUUAUCACUGUAAUGAAUGCGGCAAAUCAUUUUCUCUAGCCACCACUUUAAAAAAGCAUCAAAAGGUUCAUACGGGAGAACGUUCCUAUAGAUGUGAACCUUGUGCAAAAUCUUUUAAACUACCACAUCAAUUAAAGGCCCAUAAGAAUACCACUUUGCACAGAGCUGUAGAGCAAUUGGGUCUAUUAUCCAAUUAAUUAUAUUAUUUUUAAGAAUUUCUUUGGAAAUUUAUAUUAAUUAUGAGGAAAUUAAGUUCACAGUUUAAUAUUUUCAAUACAAGUACAUUUAUGAAGAUUUGCAAUUGAUUUAUUUAUUAGUAAUUAAAUCUGGCUGCUGUCUUUAAAAGAGAUC